ACCUUGAGAAGCAGACUGCAAAGACCGCGAAGACCGCCAGUUUCGCGCGAAAGUCUGCUGCCCCCUCAAGCCUUGUGAUUCUAUUCAAGUGACCUGGACUUCAUGGAAGAUGGGCUCAAUGAGAAGUUCCAGAAAAUCGAGAAAAUUGGUGAGGGAACCUACGGAGUUGUGUACAAGGCCCGUGACAGGGCCACCGGACGAUAUAUUGCAUUGAAGAAGAUCCGUCUCGAUAGCGAAGUCGAAGGUGUACCGAGCACUGCCAUACGAGAAAUCGCCCUUCUGAAAGAACUUCGACACCCAAAUAUUGUGCGCCUUCUCGAUGUAGUUCCCCACGACCAAAAGCUGUACCUCGUAUUCGAGUACAUGACGGAGGACCUCAAGAAGCACAUGGACAAAGCAGCGUCGGCCAAGGCUCCACUUGCCGUGAAGCUGGUGAAGAGCUACCUGUGGCAACUGUUGCAAGGCAUCGCGUACUGCCACUCUCAUCGCAUCUUGCACCGGGACCUGAAGCCGCAGAACCUCCUAAUCGAUUACGAAGGUAACAUCAAGUUAGCCGACUUCGGCCUCGCACGGGCCUUCGGGCUGCCUCUGCGCACGUACACACACGAAGUGGUUACUCUCUGGUACCGGGCUCCCGAAAUCCUCCUCGGCUCGCGCUUUUACUCAACGUCGGUAGACGUCUGGAGCAUUGGCUGCAUUUUCGCCGAAAUGCUUAUGCUAAAGGCACUCUUCGCGGGUGACUCUGAAAUAGACCAGCUUUUCCGUAUCUUCCGCACUCUCGGCACACCCGACGAGAACUCUUGGCCCGGCGUAACCAACCUUCCCGACUACAAAGCCACUUUCCCGCGCUGGGAGCCACAGUCGCUCGUGAACAUUAUCAGUGGCCUAGACGCCGACGGAGAAGACCUCAUCCUGAAGCUACUCCUUGCCGACCCUGAUGCCCGUAUACCAGCGAAGAGGGCGCUCAGUCAUCGCUACUUUCGGGAUGUCACCAUUCAGCGGCCACUGAGCAUGUGACACUUAGUUGCCUGCAUGGCGUCGUCGCAAGGGCAUGCGCUCAAGGAUACUGGUGCCCCUUUUCUUCUUCUCAUAUAUACAUAUAUCUGUAUUUUUGACCAUGCGCGCUUUUUGCAUUUUGUUUUUAAACUCUGGUUAACCUGCUUAGUUAUAUUUUCAUAUUACCUCCAAGUUGCGAGCCAGAGCGCACAGUUUUAUUAUGUAUAAUGUGCCAGUGAGUGAUAUGCAGGACUGCUAUCACUGUUUUCACGUGGUUAAACAAGUCCAGGGCGACAGCAGAGCGCCGCUGGCGAGUAACUUUUUUUAUAAUGUGCCAGUGAGUGAUACGCUCUACUGCUAUCACUGUUUUCACGUGGUUAAACAAGUACAGGGCGACAGCAGAGCGCCGCUGGCGAGUAACUUUUUUUAUAAUGUGCCAGUGAGUGAUACGCUCUACUGCUAUCACUGUUUUCACGUGGUUAAACAUGUCUAGGGCGACAGCAGAGCGCCACUGGCGAGUAACUUUUUUGAUAUUGUGUUAUUAAUGUCCACUACACAAACUCUAUAAAGAUGCAUCCCACAUUUUAAAAGGGUGCAUACAGAAGUGUUCACUGACGUUUGACACAGACGACGGCUAACAUUGCUGUUAAAUUAUAAAUUUUGUGAAGUUCUGCAACUGUGAGCACCCUUUUACACAUAGAUUCUUUUCUCUUUAAUUGCCGCCAAAAGUGUCUGCUACAGACCGUUUGCAUAUGACAUGUUUUCAUUUUCAAGUGCGUGGGGUGUGCUUGUACAUAGUUACGUAAAUGUUUUCGUAAAUAAAAGGCUGUUUCCUCAAGCGCCAGAGCCCUUUGAGGAGAUCA